UUCACCAUAACUUUCUCUUGUAAACACUAUCCCAAUCUCUUCGUCAAAUACACACCUUUAUUCUUUUAACUUGAAGUCAAUAGGGAAACAAUGGCUCCUACGCGUGCUGAACCAUUCAGCGAUUCCUCCGCUCUCAUCGACUUCGUUAUUAAUCAAGGGAAUGGAGUGAAGGGUUUGUCCGAAAUGGGUCUCAAAGCUCUCCCAAGACAAUAUAUCCAACCUUUGGAAGAAAGGAUGUGCAUGAUCAAUAUCAAAGCUCAGGAAUCGAUCCCCAUUAUUGAUAUGUCGAAUCCGGACGAUCCUGAUGUGGAGAAAUUGAUCUGCGAAGCGGCUUCGAAAUGGGGGUUCUUUCAGAUUAUUAACCAUGAUGUACCGAUUGAAGUUUUGGAGAAUGUUAAAGAUGCUACUUAUAAAUUCUUUGGAUUAUCGGCUGAGGUUAAGAACAAGUAUUCGAAGGAACAUUCGUCGUCAAACAAUGUGAGAUUCGGCACGAGUUUUACCCCUCAAGCUGAGAAGGCACUUGAAUGGAAAGAUUACCUUAGCUUGUUUUAUGUCUCCGAAGAAGAAGCUUCUGCUCUAUGGCCUCUCGCUUGCAGGGAACAAGUGCUAGAUUAUAUGAGGAAAUCCGAAGUUGUAAUUAAACAAUUAUUAAAAAUGCUAAUGAAGGGUUUAAAUGUGAACGAGAUUGAUGAAACAAAGGAAUCACUAUUGAUGGGUUCUAUGAGGACUAACCUUAACUAUUAUCCUAAAUGUCCUAACCCUGAACUCACUGUUGGAGUUGGCCGACACUCCGACGUCUCAACCCUCACAAUCCUCCUUCAAGAUGAAAUCGGAGGGCUUUUCGUAAGAGAAAACAAUUGUGAUAAUUGGAUCCAUGUUCCUCCGAUCAAGGGUUCCCUUGUGAUCAACGUAGGAGAUGCAUUGCAAAUAAUGAGCAACGGCAAGUACAAGAGCGUGGAACAUCGUGUGGUUGCCAACGGAUACAAUAACAGAAUCUCUGUCCCCAUUUUCGUGAACCCGAGACCUAGUGAUAUGAUCGGGCCACUUCCUGAACUGAUCAAAGGUGGUGAGAAACCAAUUUAUAAACAAGUUCUUUAUUCAGAUUACGUCAAACAUUUCUUCCGUAAAGGACACGACGGGAAGAAAACAAUAGAAUUUGCUGAAAUGUAAACUAUAAACAUAAAAGGUGAUAAUGUGUUAUGUAAGUUGUCUUGUUGUUCUUUUCUUUUUUAAUUAAUUUCUCCAUCCCAGAAUUCUUCAAA